AUGUCGGCAGUUAUCAUAAUCAGCGCCGCCGGUCUCGUCAGUCUCUUCCGCACCACAUCCGUCAGCUCCUCAUUUAAACCCUACAUCGCCAACCUUCUCCUGGCCAACUUAUCCCUAGCUGUUUUUGAAAAUCCCCUGGACAUUUUAUUGGAGCUCUCCUGCCAACACUGGACGCUGUCGUGGGCGAUCUGUGACCUUUAUCUGUACUGCAACUACGUCAUCACGGCGUGGGCGAUACACGCCCACCUCCUCAUCACCGUCAACCGCCUCUGGGCGCUGGUUUUUCCUUACAGUUAUCGUGACCAACACAUUAUUAGCACCAGCUUCCUCUUUAUAGGCGGCGCUCUUGUAUACGUCCACAUUUGGAGCGUUCCAGGCCUCGUUCUGGAUUCCGUGUUCUACCGCAGCAUGAAUGACGAAUGCGAGGUGAACAACGACGCCCAACGAACGUGGGCAUUAGCGCUGCAGAUCUGCUUGUUUCUGGCUCCUAUCGUCUUCGUGGCGGGAGCCUAUAUGUACAUUAUCGACCGGCAGCGUAUGCGAUGGAAGACGCGUCCCGGAACAAGGGAAGCCCCUCUGUCGCAGAAGCCAACGGACGGGAAAAGCAGCGAUCCUCCUGCAGCACAGAAGAACACCCGUCAGCAAAACAAUCAGGCCUUCCUCAUCCUCACCCUGUUGACCUGCAGUGUGGUGAUUACAUGGACGCCCUACCAGGUCUGCCAGUUAUUGCAGAUCCUGGACAUGACGGUGGCCGAUGACGUCAUAGGCGCCCUGGAUGUUUUGUGGAUCAUUCAGUCUGUCCUGGAUCCGGUGCUGUCCACCAGCAUUGUCUCGGACGUAUGGGCCGCUUUCCAGCAGUGGCGUUGA